AUGGACCCCACCAACGACCCCAAUUUUAUUCCUCCGUCACUAAAUCGAGACAUUGAGCCUACGGCUUCAUCUUCCAAGAUCCCCAAGAACAUGCCCAUUCAGCCACUCGUUUUGGCAGACCUUGGUUCUUCGGUAGAUGCUCCAGCUCCUCACCCAUCUAUUUCAGUUCCAACACCGUCGCACGACGAUAAGUCGAAAAGACACCAUUCAAAGAUUCCUCGUAAACACACGGAGUUGCUUGACUCUGGGUCUUCGUCUUCACCCAGUGCUUCGGAUGAUGAGAUAGAAACACCACCAAUUCCUCCUCCUAGUACUGAAGUCAAACCCACACAAAUUGCAGACUUGGAAGAAGUUCCCCAUGGAAUCCAACGACAGGCGGAUACUUUGGAGGAAUACGAGUUCCCCACCCAUAGAUUGGCCACCAGUCUCUCAGACGACUCCAAAUAUCCAUUGGUGAUUGUAGCAUGCGGAUCAUUCUCGCCCAUAACUUACCUCCAUCUUCGAAUGUUCGAAAUGGCGCUAGACGCUAUAACUGAACAAACCCGGUUCGAGGUAAUUGGGGGCUAUUACUCGCCCGUAAGCUCAAACUACAAAAAGCAGGGGUUGGCCGAUGCUCAUCAUCGGGUUCGUAUGUGCGAAUUGGCAUGCGAAAGAACCUCUUCUUGGCUUAUGGUGGAUGCCUGGGAAUCGCUCCAACCUAAAUACACUAGAACUGCAUUGGUGUUGGACCAUUUCAACGAGGAGAUAAAUAUCAAGAGAGGUGGUAUUUUGACCAAGUCGGGUGAGAGAAGAGGUGUAAAGAUCAUGUUGCUCGCUGGUGGUGAUCUCAUAGAGUCAAUGGGUGAACCUGAUGUGUGGGCAGACCAAGAUUUGCAUCAUAUUCUUGGGAAGUACGGGUGUCUUAUCGUGGAGCGGACUGGUUCCGAUGUUAGAAGUUUUUUGUUGAGUCAUGAUAUCAUGUACGAACACCGCAGAAAUGUUCUUGUCAUCAAGCAACUUAUCUACAACGAUAUAUCAUCGACUAAAAUUCGGCUUUUCAUACGGCGAGGUAUGUCUGUGCAAUACUUACUUCCCAACUCUGUCAUCAGGUAUAUUCAGGAACACAAGUUAUAUUUCAAUGAUACCGAGCCGGUGAAGCAAGUAAUGAGCGACAAGGCUGAUUAG